AUGUGGAGCAGCGUAUUCACAGCAUCAGUGCGAGUGAUCAGUGCAAGUCCAAGAGAAAUGAGUGUAAACGUAGGUGAGACAAUUGUACUCUACGGUGUCUUGUUGCUCAACAUCGCGGCCUUCACUAACGAUGGAUGGAUAUGUGGAAGGCUCUACUGGCAGAGGUGCCUCGAGGCAUCAUACGUGACACUAAUUAUGGUGGGUGUCCUCACAACGACUAUUGUGCUCUCCCUCAUCGUCACCAUCGUUCAAGCAGUUGUCACAUUCAUCGAUUCUGACUCCAGCGUGUCACAGACUGCAAGUGAGCGCAAAAGUGCUUACAUGCCUCGUGACAAUUCUCGAUGUGUUCGCCAUCUUCCAUCACUACAGUGA